UUACCAAUGGCGUCGAGAUGGAUCCGAAUCCUGUACCUUCUACUCCUUUAUUAUCUGGUCAAGAACCGAUUAGUCACGCUUCUUUCAUAUGUAGCAGGAAGGAUUCCGGCAUUAAAAGCAACAGCAAGCGAAGUAGUAUACAACAGCAGUUAUUCCUAAUAAACGGCAUGGCCCAAGGCGAUCUUUUAGGACACAGGGUCAGUGGCUAUUAUACUUCUAGUUGGACGUUAAAUUCUACUCACGAGCCUUCGUCGCAAAAAACGUGUCCAAGCGCCCGGGGGCAGCCAAAAUAUGGCGUCGACCCCGGGGCUUAUUUCUAUGAUUUGCAUCGGAUAAAGAGGGGCAACGGUGGAGGCCGGUAUACAUAG